CAAUCGCUCGGUGGCGCUGCUCUCUCCGCUCUCCGCGCAUACAGCAGUUCAGUCGCUCGUACUCGACUGGGCUGGACCGUGUGUCAAAAAAAGGAGGAAGGGAAAAUAAUAGAGGUGUAUAACGGGGCGCCCGAGGCACACGGCAACAGGCCAGAAGAUAUCCGAAGAGGAGCAAGAUGUCACACCAGACGGGAAUCAAGGCCAACGAUGCGCUCAAGAAGAUCUUCGCCAAGUGCAGGGACGGCAAGAUACGCGUUCUCAAGGUCUCCAUCGAGAACGAGGAACUGGCCCCUUCCACCUCGUCGAAACCUGUUGGAAAAUGGCAAAACGAUUAUGACAAGUUGAUCAAGCCACUGAUCGAGGAAAAUCAGCCGGCCUACAUUCUCUAUCGCCUUGAUACCAAGUCUCCUGAUUCUGGCUACGACUGGCUACUUAUAUCCUGGUCUCCGGAUACUGCUCCGGUCCGACAGAAGAUGCUGUAUGCCUCGACUAAAGCCACGCUUAAGCAAGAAUUUGGAUCAGCAUCUAUAAAAGAGGAACUCCAUGGAACUGUACCUGAAGAUAUUAGCCUAGAUGGAUAUCACAGACACAAAAGAAACGACGCAGCUCCAGCUCCCCUAACUACUGCCGAAGAAGAACUUGCUGAACUGAAGAAGACUACUGUUCAUACUGACUAUAGUGUUGAGACUAGACAUCAGACUUUGAGUGGUGUUGCCUUUCCUGUAACGGACGAAGCUAAGCAGGCAAUAACAGAUUUGGGAAAAGGUGUUCAUGAAUACGUACAAUUAAAGAUUGAUACAGAGGAGGAGAAAAUACACUUAGUGAUGGCGGGUGAGGUUUCCUUAGACAAAUUACCAACAAAAGUACCUUCAGAUUCUGCUAGAUAUCACUUGUACAACUUCAAGCAUACCCAUGAAGGAGAUUAUAUAGAGGCUAUAGUCUUCAUAUACAGUAUGCCUGGCUACAGCUGUACUAUAAGAGAAAGAAUGUUGUAUUCAUCGUGUAAGGCUCCAUUACUGGAGCUCAUUCAAUCCUUAGGAGUGACAAUAGCAAAAAAGUUGGAAGUGACUAGCGGCGAAGAGUUAGCUGACAUGUUGGAAGACCCGCCGGUGAUAAAAGGGACGGGCACAUCGACGCCGGCGACACCGUCGACUCCUUGUGCCCCGCCGAACACAAUAAUCCAAAAGAAAUCGAAGCCGAAGCGAUCCUGCGUUUUAAGUUAACAGGCCUAAUAUUAACUCGUUGCCAAUUGCGUCUCCCUCCAAGAGAGAAGAGACUCUAAUAAAACUGUUCUCGAUAUGUAUUUACCAAAUGAGAGCGAUUGAAAAAAAAAAGGGGAAAAAAAGAAUUAACGAAUAACGACAGAAAGAAAGAAAAAAAAAAUGAUGAUAUCGUCCAGAAUUUCGGAUUUCGAGCUUGUGAUAUAACGCGAAUCUAAUUCUCAGAUUAUAUUUAAAAAUGACAGCCUCCGAGGAGGUCGUAUUUUUCUGAAUCACACAAAUUCCCAAGUUGAUAAUAUAUAGAAAUAGUCGAGCAAAGUAAUACGUAUUGCAGUAAAGUGUAAUAAUAGAAGAGGUAGAGAUCUAAAUAAUAACAGUGUAUUUUUCUAAAUUUUCGAUGAUAGUAUUCUUUGGCAGUGAAAAAUCUAUUGACUCUUAUAUUUCAAAACAAAUCUUUAUAUAAUAACAGCCACAUCUUUGCUUUGUGCGAGAGCCGAUGGAAGGACAAGGAAAUUAUAAUUUAGAGAAUAUAAGAAAGUAGUUAUUUUUAAGGAGAAACCUGGAAAAUACUUGGAAAUCCAUAUAAACGGUGAUAUUAUUACGAGAUCCUGUGUGUGUAAGUCGACUAGAAUUAAUAGGCUUAGGAAAAGUCAGUUUUUAUUUUGUUGUGAGAUUUGUAAGUUUCUAUCUCGGCCCAGUCGUCCGACUCGCCUCGAAGUUAAGUCCUUUGCACGAGUUAUCUAGUAUUAGUUUCUCUUAUCAUAUGAUAAUCGCAUAUUGUUUCCUAUGUUUGCUGUCAAUCGAACGUUAUCCACGUUUUUAUUAUAAAUAUACACCUUAUUUUUUUCGCACAAAACUAAACGUAUACGCCAGUGCCGUCGCAGAUCGUACAAAAUUUUCGUUCGCGGCAAAACUUUACCUUUGCUCGGCGAACAGAAUUUCAAUGACAAAAGUUAACGGAAAGUCUAGCGCACUGCCUCUCUAAUUAGUUCCUAGUCUUAAAAAAAAAAACGUGAUAUAUAUACUUAUACGUAUAAGUUACGGGUACACGUGGUACUCGUUGAUACUUUCAACGUUAAAACAAAGGCUUAAGUCGAGUUCGACGUCGGACCUUGAUAUAUAUUGUACGUGUACGAAUUCGCUGCUGAGGACAGUUGAGUGAAGGACAGGUUGAGAGGUGUUCGUAAUAUAAUAUAUUCAAAGACCAAUUGUAUCUUUUAAUCUCAAAAAUUUGAUUUCCCGCGCGAAAAUUCGAUCGAGCGUUCUAAAAACCAAACGAUUUAGAGAAUAAGUGACUUUUUUAAUAUUUAGAAGAAAAUGCGAAAUUUCCAAAGAUACGAUAUUAUGAAACGUCCGUUUCGAUUUUAAACAAUAAAUGUACGAGUACUUUGAGAUUACAGAAUGAUUGUUCUUUUAAAAGUCGACCGAUAUUAUCAAUAUAUAUUAUUAUUUCAUCAGUAUAGUUUUUGGUGAAAUGCUGUUUAUGUGAUGAAGAAAAAAAAAUAUGGCUAAACAGUUAGGACUAUAUCUAAAAUGCUUGAAGUACUGUAAUCUGCACUUGCCUAUUUUCUCUGUAGGCACUAAUAAUAAACUUAUAGAUACUGCCUAGAAAAAAAUACGCUUCACACACGGAACAAACAAAAGUGACAUUUGAUCAACUGAUGAGUUAAAUUCAGUUUCGGUAAACGCGAUUCUUGGAAUCCCGACGAUUGAUGAUGACGAUUUAUUUUUGUAAGACUACAAGAUUUACGAUGUGAACAGUUCACGUAUUUUUUAAAUGAAAAUUACUCUAUGACUACAUACUGACAGUACACGUUUAGAACAAUAAAUGAUAAAAAAAGUAAAAAUUAGGAUUUUAUCUUUGAUGACUUGAUAUUUGCGAAUGAGUCGUAAAAAUAAUUAAAUGUUUAGCUGGGGAUUCAAUUCAGAAUUGAAUGCAAAGUCUUACCAUAUUUUCUGAGAAUCGCCUUUCACGAACGAUUAAAAAUGCUCAAAAAAUGUAUUCCAAAGAGAAAACUCGUUGUUUUCAGAACAAUUUUUUUUUUAAUUAUUUUUGUUUUUUAUAAACUAUCACGUUUAGUGAUGCUCUUCACGAUGUUAUUCAAGCAUAUUAAGUAUAUAGGUAUAUGUAUGUAUAUUGUUUCCAAUGCCAAUGUAAAAAUGAUAUAUGACAGUGGGAAAUCGUAAUGUUUAAGACUGAUACUGGCAGUUUUCCACUUACUUUAAGCUUUUUAUGAUAUAUAAUGUUUAAGUUGUAUUAAUUAUACCCUUAUGAGCUUGUAGGAGAACUUACUAACAUUCCAGAUCUGUGAAAUAGAAAUAAGAAUGAGUGUUUCGAGAAUUACUUUUAAUCGUUGCUAUUUUUGCGCUUUUACCGAUUUUCGUUUUUGAAGUUGCUAUGCCGCUUUCUUCCCUUACAAUUAACUCAUUCGUAUUUCUUUGUGGAAAGCUUUUAAAGUAGGUGGAAAAACCAAAAGGUAGCCAUAUAAAGAAUGUGAAAUUAAAGAGGCAUUCUCUAUUUUGUGUGAUCUGUAUUUUUUUAAUAAUAGCUUUUUAUAUAUAACUCAAAGUUUUAAAUCCAUUGGUAGUUUUCCAACUAAACCGAAGCAAACUUCCCAUUGUAAAUGUCACGCAGAAGUAGAUAUUUCAAUUAAAACGAAUGAUUUUUUCUGAUUGAACACGAAUUAACGUUGAUGAUUUUUGUAAUAAUAAGUCAGCGCAUUUGAUUGCCUGGGGCUGAAUUAUUUUUAUUUUGACGAGAGCGACGUUUGCUCCAGGCCUAUUAUGUAACCAGUUUUACACUUGUUUAUCAAGGAACCGUUAUUUAUGUGUAACGAGACGAGCAGAGUUCUGUUAAUAAUAUAGAUAUGUAGGAUUUCAUCAGUUAAGGAAGCAUUGUGAAUGAAGAUUUAAUUGUAUAUCUUGCCAACGAUACAUCUAGUAUCAAAAGUAUAAUAAAAAGCUAUGCCAUAAAACUGUAAGAAGAA